ACGGGAGCGCGCCCUUCCUCUCUCUCUCUCUCUCUCUUUCUCUCUCGCUCUCUCUGAGCGCAACAGCUGCAUAGUGAGUGAUUUGCAAACAUUGAAAGCAAGGCAUUUCGUCCGGCUAACAAUUGGCUAACUCAGCUAAUCAGAUUUCCAGAAAGAAAGAAAGAAAACCAGCUACCAAACUAACAUCCCAUAGACGUUAUUAGUUACUAUAGCGAUUGUUGGCACACAAUAAGAAUACCUGACGAAGUCUGAACAUAAUGGUAGGUAUGGAGGGUUUUGCCUGUCAGGACAAUUCCUCCGUGUGAAUCACAAGAAAUCAACUGAUCGAGUUUAUGCCCCAUUACCUGGCAGUGACUGGCAAGCCCUGACUGCUUCUCUUGUAUAGGAUGGAUCAUAGGGGUUUACAGAAACUUUUAGCAUACGUGCCGUUCUGAAAUUCAAUUUCAAAAAUUUCAAAAGUACCAUGGAAGUGUUAAGAGUGUUUGGUAUUUUGUUAUCUCAUGCAUGAUGUCCUUCAUGAGUAUUUCAAAAGAAUGACUAAUCUUUUGCAUGUCUUGUAACAUACAACAUAUUGUUUCAUACAAGAUUUCAACUGAAACUAAAUAAGAAAAAACGAAAAAUACCCAAGUAAAUUCCUGCUGACAUGCCUACCCACCCAUUGAUCCCAUAUGUGGAAAGUCCUGAUGGACUAGGUCAUGACAUCCUUAGCCACAGCAGUGCAAGCAUGCCUGGUACUGGGUCUAGCAUGACGCCCCAUGCCAGCUUGGUGGAAAAAUCCGACACGCUGGCAGAAAGCAGCCUACCUCUAGACUGCAUGUUUUGUGAGGAGACUUUCCUGCAUCAGGAAGACCUGGGACCACACCUUCUAUCCCAGCAUCCCACAACAUUCCAUGCGCCUGCAGUGUUGCGCGUUGAAGCGGAAUUCUUAACUCCCAGCGACAGGGCCCGUUCUAAGACCAGCCCAGCUGUCGAAAAGAAUGAGGAGCUCUGUUGCGUUGUGUGCGGCCAGGCUGUCGCAGAUGCGACAGAGUUGGAAACGCACAUGAGGAAACACAAGGACUCUUUCACAUACUGCUGCGGUCUCUGUGGACGUCGUUUCAAAGAGCCGUGGUUCCUAAAGAACCACAUGAGAACCCAUGGUGGAAAAGCAGGGUCUAAAAACAAAAACCAGGACCUCGAGAUCCCAACUACCGUCAAUGACGUCAUCCAAGACCAACCCCCAUCACCUGUGGUCAUGCCAUACAAAAUGUGCAUGAUAUGUGGCUUCUUUUUCCUCAACAAGGAAGUUCUGGCUGAGCACAGCAAAGUCCACAAUCGGGAACUGGAAGUGGAUGAGAACGUCUCCCCUGAGAGCCAACCUGCUGAGGAGGUUCCUGUAUCUCAGAUGUCGUUUUUGCAGACCUUACAGUUGAAUCCUUCUGGCGCAAGAGAAACUGAACAGAAUCACCCGUCUGGACGCUGGAUAUCACAACUUGAUCCUUUCAACACCUACCAGGCCUGGCAGUUGGCCACCAGGGGCAAGAUCGCAGCAGGUCCCAACUUGGCCAAGGAGCUCAAUGCAGACUCCAACUCUGACAAUGAGGACUCUGGUUCUGAAAAAGAGGAACUGGGGGCCAUCUGGGCUUCUGGUGGUGGAGAUAAACCCGCCAGGCGAGGGCUAAGAAGUGAACUCAAGCCUACUGAGACCCCUUCCCCGUCACCUGAGCAAAAGGGUCUGAUUCGUAAAGACAAGCCAACAAACUGUGAAGAGUGUGGCAAGAUCUUUAGGACAUACCAUCAAUUGGUCCUUCAUUCUAGAAUCCACAAGGGCAGAGGGGGAGCAGAGAGCCCAACCACACCUGUAGACGGGAGGGCCCAAAGUGUAGGCUCCUGUAGUAGUUCAUCUCUCGACCGAGCAGAGGAGUACUCCGAGGAUGGCUCCGAAGAGGGAGUGCCAGUUGACGCCUUUAAUCCAGAUAAAAGUGAGGAUGGAUCGGGUAAAAUGAAGCUCAAAAUUCUUGCUCCCAGAAAAUGCAGUUACUGUGGCAAGACUUUCCGCUCAAAUUAUUACCUCAAUAUUCAUCUCAGGACACAUACUGGUGAAAAACCUUAUAAAUGUGAAUAUUGUGACUAUGCCGCAGCACAGAAAACAUCUUUGAGGUACCAUUUAGACAGACGUCACAAGGACAAACCUUUCACGGAAAUCCCGAACAUUCCUGCAACAUCGUCUGCUAGAAAUAUCAUCAAGGCCAUUGAACCUCCCAAGAAUGAAGAUAACAAACAAACCUUAAAACCAGCCAAGCAAUGGCUUGUUCCUAAACCUCUCCCUGCCAGUGUUAAACACGAACCAGGCAUGAGCCAGGCCGUUAUUACCAGCACAAGUCCUUUCAUUCAAGUAAAGCAAGAGUAUGUAAGUUCUCCUGUCGCAGCUCCUUACACCCCUGCGACUGAGGUCAACAAAAAAUACCCAUUACCGGUAAACCUGAAGAUGGAGGAGAAAGAGGCUUCUGAGGCACCAUUGAAUCUGUCUCUCAAAGUGUCUCUUUCUGUAUCUGCUACCUCAGUACCCAGAAAUCUGUUACUGACCAACACAUGUACCUCUUGCUCCUAUGAAACCCUUUACCCUGAGGUUCUUCUUAUGCAUAAAAAGCUCAUCCACAAGGAGAAGUUGGACAUCAAGAAGAACGGAUACAGGGGGCCUCAGAAACAGAAACGGUACACUGGUUGCCCCCCGGCUCUUGAGGGCAAAGACGUCACUCCUUUGCCCAACAUCAACAGGAAGCAUCCCCGCCGGACCAAAUCCCCACUCCGGCAGCCAGAAAAACCUGGGGAGAGGGUUCCGAAACAUCAACAGAUGUCUAAGAUUUCUCCUGCAAAAGAGCGCUGGAGAGAACAGCACCAGGAGGGUCAGCGGGGCAGGGAAUCGGAAGCAACCAGCUCGCUAUCUAGAAUCUCAGAGCAGGAAUCUAGCAGAAAAUUAAAUGUGCCAGUUGUAAACGAUCGAGAGUUGUCCAAGAAGAGGCCUGGCCAGGAUCAUGAGAUGAGUCAGAGGGCAAGCAUGGGCAAAAAUGGAAUGGUAUGGGCCACAGAUCCAGGUAGACUUUGCCUUUCAGACCGUUUCCGAAACUUGACGCAAAUGGAUGUCGGCGAACCCUCCAGCAAGAGACAGAAGUCCUUUGAGCCUCUUCAUACUGCAUCUGGACGGCUUGGAGAGGAUUUCAACCGGCUCAUGCCCUCCGGCAGAAAUGCGAAAACCUCAGUGCAGGCGAACUCACCCUUGGCUUCGGUUAAGGUGACUCCCACGCAGUCUCCAAACAGCAUGCAGGCUGACUGGAAUGUCAUCAACCUGCUCCGCUCUUACACGCCCAACAACAUGGCCUCGCUCUAUCACCCCGCUGCUGCAGGUUCCAGCCACGCUGUCAUGGCCUCACCUGUCCCUGGGAGUAGGUCCUUGAUCUUCCCUCAUUACUCCACUAGUAUGACUCAGAGGAGAAUCCAAACCAGCCCUCUGAGUAAUGAACGCUGUGGACCUUCAGAUAAGAGCUCUUAGAACUAUCCAGGCUUUGAAAUAUGCAGAGAAAACGAUGAUGCCGUCGCCAACGUUUGGGUCCACGGCUGGGAGGAAAGUUUAAGUGAUUUGAUGUUGCUCAAAAUGUUCUUCAGACACUACCGCUGAAGGGUUUGAUGUGCUGGAAGGAUGUACUGUACGGGCCGCAAGCUCUGCAAUAGCCUUGGCUGGAAGACAGAAUGAACUUGGACUGCAGCCUUGAACAGUGUUGUUUUGAUUCAAUUUGCAUUCCAUUAUGGCAAUAGAUUCAUAUGCGGUGCACUUAACACAAAACCGAACGUCAGACGCACAGACGUGCAUGACGGUUGACUUGUGAAUCUGUUGUGGGUCGGUGGUUUACGAUGGCCUAAAUACUAAUCAAACCGCAAGCCCAGCAAGUGCCUCCAUUACUUUUUAUUAAAAGCAUAAACGCUUUAUCUACGAGUGGACGGCACUGACCAAAUAAACAAGGAGGGGCGGUGUGUUUUUUGUUUUUUUGCUUUUCUCUAAUCGUGCAAGAUUGUCUAUAUUGUUAAUGUUUAACAUCUCUUUUACACUUUACAGGUCAACUUUAUGCUAUGCAGAGAAUGGGAAAUCUAUCAUUUUCCAAAGUUUGAAAUCUUUUCAUUUGUACAAAUCGAGCUGCUGUGUUACUGUCUCAGAUCCGAGACUUCUGAAGCAAUGGUGACGUACUGUGUACUGUUGUGUAGGUACAUUUAAAAGAAAAAGAAAUGCAGGGACUGCAUGGAACCUCUUUCACUGUGACAAAACAUUCAAUGGGAUCCUCAGGAUUGAUGAGAAACAUAACUGUGAUAUUGUGCUGCCACUGCUGAGCAGUUCUGCCAAAUGUGUGGUGAGCGGUUUUUUGUCUUUUGACGUUUUUUUUUUUUUUUUUUUUUGGUGAUGUUUCACAAAUUUUCAUACACCAGAAUGUUUUUGUUACUGUCUUUUUUUUUUUUCUUUUUUUUUUACCUAAUAAUCAAGUGUAUUUAUUUUCAGGCAAGUGUGUUGGUUUAUUAGGUUGUCAUUGCGUGUAUGUGGAAUGGUGGCUAAAGCACGUCAUGGUUUCUGUUACUGUCUGCGUUCAGUAUACUAACUCUUUCUCCCUGAAGAUGUUUGGCCACCGAAGAGUUAACUUAUUUUGUAAUAUUUUAGGGGCUUUCAUGAGCUGAAGCAACUGCAUUGUAUUUCCUUGAUAAUAAACUUGAAGCGUUUUAUUUUCUUUUUCUUUUGCUUCUCUCCACAAUGAGGAAUUGCCCCUUAUUUAGUUCUUUUGUGAGUCGUAGAUCAGUUAGGCUGAGUGAUGGCUGUCACUGUGUUUGAUAAUGGAUUUCGAUUAGAGUCAAAAACCAACACUGCCUAUUAUGCAGGUUCGAUCUUUUUCUGGUUUUUGUCCUCAGUAUUUCGACUCUUUCCAACACACUGAAUUGGGUUUGUAUAGGUAGUUUGGUUUAGGAUGUAGUGACAGCCAUGUGUAAAUUUGUUUGUAGUUGGCAAUUUUUUUCUUUAGGGCAUACUUGUUCCCAUUUUUAAUUUUUCUUCUUUCUUUUGCACUUUCACAAAUUUUCUCUUUAGAGUUGUGGUAAGGUUGUGUCACAGGCGUGCAAAAAUAACCAAUAACUCCCUGUCUUGUCCAUUGUUUCAUGAAUGAUGCUGUUAUUUUUGGUCUCUAACAGAAUGUGUAAUUUGGAUUUCCAAUCUUGUAACCCACCUUGUUAUAAAGCCAGGUGUAUUCCAGGGCUGAUGCCCUUUCUAGAGGCAGAAUAAAGCAGUUGUGAAAACUGUAAGAAA